GAGACCGUCAUAGUGACAGUGGAGUCGAUUCUAAAGCACAAUUUUUUUUAAACUAUGUCUCAAAUUAAAAUUUAAUUGUUAAAUCUUUAUUCUAAGGACCAAUAAGAACUAAAAUUUUCAUAUACUUAAGUAAAAAUUAUUAUAAAUUAACUUUUUAAUGAUUAACUAAACGCUAAUUUCACAAAAUUAAAGUCAAAUACUUUUGAUUGAGAAAUAGUUCCUCGAUUCUGAUAGCCCCAAUACCUACUUUGAUUGAUAUUGUGAAAUGUUUGACAAUUAAUAUCAUAGCACCUAUAGUUGAUAUAAAUAUUGAAACCAUUUUUUUAUUUUAACUUCAGUAAUAUAUAAAUUUAGUAACUGAGAGAUAAAUAAUUCCUAUUACUGAAAUAGGAAUAAUAAUAAUAAUACUAUACUAUAUUACUAUACUAUUACUGAAAUAACAAAAUAAUAGUGGCAAAAUGAACUUCACGAACAAGAAUUUUCCAGAAUUAAAAAAUGAUAGGCUAUUGCGGGCAGCACUAGGUAAAGAAGUCGACAAAAUUCCUGUUUGGGUAAUGCGACAAGCCGGCAGAUACCUUCCUGAGUUCCAAGAAGUUCGAGCUAAACAUGACUUUUUCACUGUGUGUAGAACACCUGAAUUAGCAUGUGAGGUGACAUUGCAGCCAUUAAGAAGAUAUAAAGACCUGGAUGCAUCCAUUAUAUUCAGUGACAUUCUUGUGAUUCCACAGGCUUUAGGCAUGACUGUUGAAAUGCAUACUGGUGUAGGUCCAGUAUUCCCCAAACCACUAAAUGAUCCCUCAGAAAUAGAUCAGUUACAGGAAGAAGGGGCAGUAUCCAGAUUGCUAUAUGUUGGGGAUGCUAUCAAUCUGACUAGGCAUAAAAUUGAAGGCAAAGUACCCUUAAUAGGUUUUACUGGUGCUCCUUUCACACUUAUGGGAUAUAUGAUUGAAGGUGGUGGAAGCAAAACUAUGUCUAAAACAAAAGAAUGGUUAGAAAAAUAUCCAAAAGAUGUACAUAAACUAUUGGGUCUUUUGACACGAGUAAUAAUAGACUAUUUAGUAAUGCAGGUUGACAGUGGUGCACAGUUACUGCAAGUAUUUGAAUCCAGCGCAGAUCAUCUUACACGGGACCAGUUUGCAGAAGUAGCAGCAACUUACUUAAAAAAUAUCAGGGAUGGAGUUAGAACUAAACUCAAUGAGAAGAAAUUGCCACAAGUUCCGAUGACACUUUUUGCCAAAGGCGCCGGGCAUUCCUUGGAUACACAGGCUCAAUUUGGAUAUGAAACUCUUGGAUUAGAUUGGACAGUGGAUCCAAUUGAAGCAAGAAAGAUAGUCGGCGAAAAUAUUACUCUGCAAGGCAAUCUCGAUCCUCAAGACCUCUAUAAAACUCCAGAAGAAAUAAAAAAACUAACAGUAGACAUGGUUCGGAAGUUUGGAAAAUACAGAUAUAUAGCCAACUUAGGCCAUGGCAUCACUCCACAAACUCCUUUAGAAAGCAUGACCGCUUUCACUGAGGCUGUACAUGAAGCUAUAUAAAAGACUGAUAAAAUAUUUGUUUUAUAUUUACAUAUUGUUUAUCAUGUUGAAGUAUAUUAAUUAUUUGGGUAAUAAAAAGAUUUAUUGGAAAGAAAGCAUCUAGUGAAACAAGAAUUUUCAUUUAUGUACAAUAUUUAUUAGGUUAUGAAAUC